CGGUUCAUACAUAGAUAGAAACCCUAAGAAUUGUCAAGUAUAUAUAAAUCUUAAGCUAAGUUUGAGAGUGCAUAAUGCCUAGAGGGCUAGAGGUGAUUAUAUAUUAUUCCAACUUGUUUAUCUACUUUUUUUUUUCAUUAUUCAUUCUUCAAAUUUUCAUCAAAUAACAUGAUUAUGGCUUAUCUAUUAUCUAUCCAUCAAUUCCAUUUGAUCCUUCUAGAUCAAACAAAGGUGAGUUUUCUUGAGUUAUAUAGAUCUAUAAAGUUUGGAUGUAUGUAUGUGUAUGUACUUAUAUUGCAAAUGUUGUUGACUAAGAAUUUAAGCAUCAAGUGUUUCCUAUACUUGGGCCGCUUUACUUUUUGUCAAUUUGUUUAUACCAAGGAAUUUAUACGCUCAAAAGUUUUUAAUAAACUUAUUAGGGACCAUUUUGAAUAAUUUAUUAUCCACUUGUAUGACGUGGAUGAACAUUCUAUAUUCUGUAUCAUUCUAUAUAUGUAUGUAUCUAUACACAUAUACUGACAGUUGUAGCGAUUAGGAAAGAGUUGCUACAGUGAUAUACAGUGAUAAAUUACAGAAGCGAAUUAACCAAUCUUGAAAUUAUCGAUUCAAUUUGUAGAUCGAUUUAGAUCUAGCUAGUCGAUCAAUCUAAGUAAAUUAAAAUGGUAGAUGAGACAGAUAGGUUGCUACCAAUAGCCAACGUAGGAAGAAUCAUGAAGCAAAUACUCCCCCCAUCAGCAAAGAUCUCCAAAGGGGCUAAGGAAACAAUGCAAGAGUGUGUAACAGAGUUCAUAAGCUUUGUGACCGGGGAGGCGUCCGAUAAGUGCCACAAGGAGAACCGAAAGACGGUCAAUGGAGACGACAUUUGUUGGGCUCUAAGCACUCUAGGGUUUGACAACCAUGGAGAGGCAAUAACUAGAUACUUGCACAAAUAUAGGGAGUUUGAAAGGGAGAAAGCUUGCCAAGGCAAAGGCGGCGAAGAAAGUGGAGUAGUACUACUUGGUGUUGUAGGUGGCCGCGGUAGCAGCAAUAGUACGGAAGAAAGAGAUCUUGAUGAAGAGACAGCAACAAAGUUUGGAAGUCAUGGAGGAGGAAGGGAUCAUCAUCAUCAACUCGAUGUCGAAAAUUCGGGUUUUCCCUUGGAGUUUAGAAUCAUAGAUCCUAAGGGUAAAAGCCCUUUCAGAAACAACAACUCAUCUUAAUUGUAAAAGCUAAAUCAUAAGGUAAACUACUGCCAGCAUACUUAGCUUAUUUAACUACUAAAUGAUUUCUUCCUUUAAUUAAAUUAAGCUUGUUGAUUUACUCAUUAACUUUUAUUAGUUCACAUGAAAUGAUCAAAUUAAAAGAGCAAGAUAGAUGUUAAUGUAAGACUAAUGAUUUUCUUAAGAAAAAUAAUCUGAUGUAAUCUUUAUUAGUUUCAGUUUAUUAUUAUAUCUACAUAUAUAUGUACUACUUUGUUUAUAAUUUGAGAAUAAGAAAUGUAUGUGGUAACUGGUAAGCAAUUAAAACACACUUAAAAAGUGCUCGAAUCAUACCGAGUUUAGUUGGUUCUGAACUUA